AUGUUCAGCAGUCUUUCUUCAAGCACCAGGGUCUCUUCCCUGAAUCUCCUCAAGGGUUCCCCUUCAAAGCUUUCUUUUUAUACGAGCUCAAACUUAUCGCUAUGUGUAAAGCGAAUGUCUACCUCAUCGAUAGAGGUUCAACAAACAUCAAUUCGUGAUACAGUUAAGCCAUUGAAAUCUCGCAAAACUUAUCUUGUCGACAUUUAUUCUCAUAUUCUCAAAAACUCUCCAGUUGUUUUACUCGUUCAUCACAACAAUCUUUUAAAAACCGAUGACCGCAACCUACGAUCCCAAAUUAAAAAAGUGGGUGGUGAACUUACCAUUUCCCGUGCCAGACUACUUAAGGUUGCUCUUCGUGGUGUCGAGCAUUCAGAUCCAGCAAGUAAGGAGGCACAAAAAACUUUCAAGAAUAAUAAACAUGAAAUUUUCCCAUUAUUAAAUGGUCCUACAGGGCUUAUUCACUUUUCUGAGAUGAACCCUAAGGCUGUUGAUGGUGUUGUGAAAGUUUUGGAAAAGAGUAAGGGUUCUUUGCUUUUAUUAGGUGCUAUGGUUGACAAAAAGGCUUUAUCCAUUCAGGAAAUUGAUACUUUCAAAACUCUCCCUACUCUUCCAGAGGUUAGAUCGCAACUUGUGGGGGUCUUGUCGAUUUUGGGUGGUGCUGGUCUUGUUCAAACAUUGGAAGCUUCUGGCAAAGUCUUAUACCUUACUAUGGAAGAAAGACGAAAACAACUUGAUCCCGAAAGCCAAAAAGAUGAGGGUUCAUCCUAA